AUGGCCCCACCGGCGAUGGCCUCUACAAACCACUACGACGACCUCUUCAAACAAGGCACCGCAUCCGGCGACCGGCUGAUGUUUCUCACUCCGCAUCACUUUGCCGUCCUGGUCCUCUACCACACGUACUCCGCGUUCCCUUACGAGAAGGUGACGCGGCGCGCCCGCCAUGAUAUCGUUGCGCUGCUGUUGGACCAUGCAGCUGUGUGUAAGUCGGGAAUCGAAGAGAAGAGAACCUUGCAACAUCUCCUGGUCCAACUUCCAGAUGAAUCAACUCCACCAAUCCCAAUUCCUGGAGAAACCGACGAGGCAGGCGAACCCAUAUACAGCACCACCACCUCCUGGCGAGACGCGUUCCUUACAAGGCUAGACGACGCACUACAGUCCGUCAACACGAUGCUGGAAGUCUUGGAUCUGAUGAACAGCAGCACCAAGCCGGUGUAUCAGGACGAAAAAAUCAUCCAACACCCAAAGUUCACCGUGUGUUCCCCGUUUGGCACGUACAUCAGGAACGCGAUGGUGGAUAGGUAUCGGUUGAAGGACGAUUUGUUUUGCGCGUAUGCGUUCUUUGAUGCGUUGAAGGCGUAUCGGGAUGAGGGGGUGGCGGAUGGUGGUAUGAUGGACACUGAUGGGGUUGGGGGGAGGAAGCCGCCAUUGUUAUCCCUCGCAGACGUAGAACAGCAAAUCGACGCGCACGUUCGAAUGAUGGAAGACUCCACCGAGCCCCUAACCCCCGCCGCCCUGCACCAAACCCUCACCUCAAUGCAAACGCACAUCACAGCCCCAAUCGCCAACAAAGCCGACUGGGCUAGUUUUCUCAACUGCAUGCGCGCCGGCGAGUUCGAAGGGGCAUUGCAGAACUUGUCGCGGUAUUUCAUGUAUUUGAUGAAGGAGCAGCCGGGGGAGGGGACAAAAUGGGUGCAUCAUUUCACGCUGUUCUCGAUGGCGUCGGUGUAUGCGCGGUUUGGGUAUAGGCAGCUUGCAUUGGAGACGGUCGAUCGCGCGAUACCGUUAGCGCAAGACAUGCACGAUACUGCCUGCCUCAAUCUUCUGCAGAACCUGAAACAUCGAUUACGAAACGGCUCCCUUGCCUCGGGCCCUGCCCAAUCGGCGCUCCGCUUCGAGAGCUACUACCCGCUCGACGAGAUCCAGGACCCGGAGGAGGCCGCCAUGCUGAGUUUCACGCGGCUGAACAACGCGCGGCAUUUCUUGGAGACGCUCUCCACCCCAACCCUCACCUUCCACCACCUCUCCCUUGCCACCCACCUAGCCACAACCCACUCCCUCCCGCCCUCAUCACUCACCAUCCUCCACGCCCACAUCUGGUCCCACCACGGCUCCCCAACCCUCUCACACCUCUUUGCGUCAAUGUACACCCUCCCCUGUUCGCCACCUGAUUGUUCCUCCGACGACGGACCCCUGGGGCUGUGUAUCCUCGCGACCCAUCACGCGCGGCAGGGCGAUUACGACGUGGCGUGUGGGCUGCUGAAGCGGGCGAAACAGAGAUGGCCGGCGUAUGUGAGCGGGCCUGCGGGGGAUCGGUGGAUCGCUACCACCUUGGAUAUACUGUUUGCGCGCGCGCUGAGACGGGGGGAGGUGGGGGAUGCAAGGCAGUAUGCGGGGUUAUUUGAGGCGGUUGUGGAACCCACGCGGGAGGCGGAGGCGUUGUUCAGCUGUGAGGUGAUGCGGGCGUGGGUGUGUAGGGCCGAAGGGAGGGCGGAGGACGGGGUCGAGGGGUUGUUGGGGUGGUUAGGGCGCGGUGGGGGGGCACGCGGGGGGAUGCAGGUUGUCGAGUGUCGGUUGGCGAUUGCGGAAUUGUUUCUGGACGCAUCGGCGCCAAUGUCGGCACUCCCGCAUACCCUCGCGGCCCUCACGCUCUCGACCCAAUCCCACCUCCCAGCCCACCGCACCCGCGCGGCCCUGCUGCUCUGCGCCUGUCUCUGCGAGGUGGGGUACUAUGCAAAGGCGGAAGGGUUGUUGGAGAAGGUGUUGCCGAGCGUGUGGACCGGCGGGGAUGUGGUGGUUGGGGCGGAGGGGUGUGUGCUGUGGGGGGAGUGUAAGCUUGGGAGGGUGCUUGAGGGUGGUGGGGAGGGGGUUAGGGAGGUGGCGAAGGGGUUGGUGGGGAGUAUUCAACAGGCAUUGGCGGAUUAUGAGCAUCUGCAAGACCUGGACGGCAUCGAACGCGCCGCCACCCUGCUCGCAUGUCUCUACCGUCUCUCCGGCACGCCGGAUCCCGCCCUUACCACCACCACCGCAUCACACACCAUGAAAACGGCAUUCCAACGCGCGCUCGACAUCCCCGCCCUCCGCGCCGCCCGAGCACAGAAACACGUUACGCGGGAUGUUGUGGAGUGCAUUGUUGCGCCUGAGGGGGAGAGGGAAGGGGUCGGGUUGGGUGUUUUGUUUGGGUGUUUGUGAAAGGAGGGAGU